ACAACCGCGGCGAGCGCAUAGAAUACGCAAAACGAAUUUCGAAUCCCCCCAAAAAAUAAAAACCCUCCUUAGAUCCGAUUAUCCGAAUCAGAAGUGCAGAACCAAAGAAACGAACAGGAAAUCGGAAAUUCUUGUACAAAUUAAUUGGGCCAAUUUGUUGUUUUUUUUCGAGUUCAAUUCUGUGUUAAAAAGUGCAAAUAAAAAUCCUUAAAAAAAUCUGCUAUAAUCCCGAGAACCACAUAUUUCGACCCAUAGCCAAAAUCCCGCCAUGGGCAAUGCCGGCUAUACCUGCAUACGCCGCACUUUCUGCUGGCUCAACAUCAUUCUUUGGCUGUGUAGCUGUGCGUUUUUAGGAGCCGGACUGUGGCUGCGUCUGAGCUACGAGGGCUACGCCACCCUGCUGCCCCAACACGCCGGCCUGAGUGCGGACACCAUCUUCAUGGGCAUCGGGGGCACCGGGUUCGUGGUCAGCUUCUUCGGCUGCUGCGGCGCCUGGGUGCAAUCCCGCUGCCUCCUGGUACUGUACUUCAUGCUGAUUGUGAUGCUGUUCAUGAGCGAGUUCCUGGUGGGCUCGAUCGCCUUUCUCUUCCGCGGCGGCUUGGGUCGGACUUUGGCCAACGAGCUGCGCUUCGGGAUCGAGCGGCACUACAACACCAGCGACCGGGGAUCUUUGGUGGCGCCUUCGGUGGCCUCCAUUUGGGACAGUGUGCAGCAUUCGUUUGAGUGCUGCGGCGUUUCCUCGUACGAGGAUUGGUACGACAUCCAGUCGUGGCCGGGAAAACGCUGGGUGCCCGAGUCCUGCUGCAGGACCCUCUAUGACCAGCGCCAGGUGCUCACCGAAGGAUCCGGCGACGGAAUGAUGCGCGCUGACUGCGGCAGAUCCGAGAAUCCGUCGCUGUGGUGGGACAAAGGCUGCGCCCAUUCGCUGCAGAGCUGGUUUACGGGUCAACUGAACGUUGUGGGCGCCGUGGGACUGGGGAUCGCCUUUGUCCAGCUCUUCGGGCUGAUCACCUCGAUGCUGCUGUUCUGCACGGUGAAGCACAAACGGGCCUCGGACACCUACAAGUCGUACUCCCCGUCUAUCGAUCCCCAGACCCGCACCAGCAGUUGGGAGGAUUGAACGCGCCUGUAACUGGGCGGUGGACGAACUUCUAAAUUGGGGGGAGGGUUCGGGGUCGGAAUCGAAUCCCCCCAAACUCUGUCGCUAUCUCUAUGUUCUUUUUGUUAACUCUCCUAGUUUCUAAUUCAUUCUGCGAAAUGUGCCAAAAAUUAAUUUAAUUCAAAGUGUAUUUUUUUGUUUUUUUAUUUGUAAUCUGUAGGCGAAGACAUAUCGAACAAAAUUUAGGGGGCUAAGA